UUGGACUUACUGGUGAUUGAUGUGAAAUCGUCAUUUUUUACUACUGAAACGGAAGAACUUGGAUCUGGAAAACCAAACAGUAUCUCCGAAGAAUAUCUUGAAAUCGUACAGGAACUCAAUGACUCACUUCGUGAAUUUACUUUACCAGCUGCUGUUAAAUGCGUUUACAAUCCCACAAUAUACGCCAGACAAACUUUUGAAAUGUAUGUUCGAAAAUAUUGUAACACAAAAAAAAGAAUUAUGUUUUUUGGCAUGAAUCCUGGUCCUUGGGGAAUGUCCCAAACUGGUGUGCCUUUCGGUGAAAUUUCAUCAGUACGAGAUUGGUUAGGAAUAGAGGGUCCUGUGAGUAAGCCAUGUAAUGAAAUUAGAGAACGUCCUGUCAAUGGCUUUGCAUGUACUCGGACUGAAGUAAGUGGAAAAAGGUUUUGGGGACUGCUUAAAAAUAUUUGUGGAACACCAGAUACUUUUUUUGAAACAAGUUUUGUCUAUAACUAUAUUAAUCAACAAUGGAUGAAAAGCAACGGGUGCAACCUUACUCCAGGAGAUUUUAAGGUUUCAGAAAUGGAAGGUCUCUAUAAUAUUUGUGAUCCUAUUUUAGUCAAAGUUUUGAAACUGUAUGAAGUGGAAAUUAUUGUAGCAAUAGGAAAAUUCUGUGAAACCAGAGCACAAAAAGCUUUAAAAAAAUAUAUGCCAUGUAAUAAUAUCAAGAUACUUUAUUUAUCACAUCCAAGUCCUAGAACUGUGAACAAUAAUAAUUGGGAUCAAAAAGCGCUGGAGCAACUAAAAGCUCAUGAUCUUUUAAAAUAUUAUAAAAAGUAGAUUAAUCAACAAAAAAAAACUAAAAUAUAACAUUUCAUUGAUCUCUUAUGUAAGCACAAUACAAAUAAUUGUAAGUUUUAUAUUAUAUUUUUUUAAUUAAAAUGUUAAUGGUAAAAAUUUGUGUUAUUCUACAUUGUUAAUUACCCUUUGGUUUAUACAGAGCAUGAUAAGGAUGCCAAAUUUUUUUAAAACUGUUAUUCAUAGUUUAGAGUAUACUGAACAUUUUCCCAGUCUGAACUGUUUAGAUUAGAACAUUUUUUUGUUUAAGUUGUCUUGAUUUCUGAAAGUGGUCUUGACUUUUUAAACUAAAUAAUAAUUAGAUAUACCUACAUAUUUUAUUGAUCAUGACAUAUUUUUUUUAUGA